AUGAGCAUAAUCGCAGGCUCUUACGAGAGAUUCAUAUGGGGUUUCAAGCUUAAACCAAUCAAGCACGAUGACGACAACCAAACCCUAACCCUCUUCCCUCUCUUCUCCUACCCUUCCCACAUCUCCCCAAUCACCACCGUCGCUUGCUCCGGUCCCGCCGCUGCUUCCGGCGGCUCCGACGAUACAAUCCACCUCUACGACCUCCCUUCCGCCUCAUCCCUCGGCUCUCUCCUCGACCACAAUCACACCGCUUCCAUCACCGCCCUCGCCUUCUACACUCCUCCCUCCCUCUCCUUCCCUCGCAAUCUCAUCUCCGCUGCCGCCGAUGGCUCCGUCGCAAUCUUCGACACAGAGCCUUUCGUCCUCCUCAAAUCGUUCCGUCCCCAUAAGAAAGCGGUCAACGAUCUCGCGAUUCACCCGUCUGGGAAGCUCGCGUUGGCCGUUUACCGCGACGAGUGCUUCGCGAUGUUGAAUCUCGUGAGAGGGAAGAGGAGCUUCUGCUGCAGGUUAGGGCACGAAGCGAGCCUUGUGAAAUUCGAUUCGGAUGGGGACAAGUUUUUCAUGGUGGUCAAUAAUAGUAAGGUCAAUAGUAAAAUCGGUGUUCAUCAAUCGGAGGAUGCUAAGCUUCUUCUCGAGCUCGACAGUAAUAGCCCCAAGAGCAUUCUAUGUGCUUCUCCUGGAGAGAGUGGGACUCUGUAUACAGCUGGUGAGGAUAGGGCAAUAACAGCUUGGGACACAAAUAGUGGGAAGGUUGCUUAUUCCAUUACAGAUGCUCAUCCAGCUCGCAUCAAAGGUAUGGUCGUGCUUACCAAGAACGAUAAUGAAGGUGCAUUAGAAGAUCCGUACUUGGUUGCUUCUGCAUCUUCUGAUGGGAUCAUAAGAGUUUGGGACAUGCGAAUGGCGGCUAAGGAGAACGCUAAACCGUUAGCCGAGGCAAAUACUAAAUCAAGACUUACAUGCCUCGCCGGUUCAGCUCUUAAAUCUAUGAAACGUCCACAGAUUGGAAAGCAAGCUCAGAAGGUAGAAGAAGAAGCUCAGAACUCAGAAUAA